AUGCCCGCCCCCGGGCGCGGCCGCCUUGGAGGCCGUGGCUGGCCGGGGCCGGCAGCCCUUCCUUCCGGGGCGUCGCACAAAGGCCCGGCCCGGCGCGGCCUGGCGCUGAUUCACGGCGGCGGCCGCUCCCGGCGCCGAUACGCCGGCGCUGUCACCCGCACGCCACAUCUGGACACAGCCUGGCCCGUGAAGAUCUGGUUCCAGAACAGGCGCAUGAAGUGGCGCAACUCCAAGGAGCGCGAGCUGCUGGCGAGCGGAGGCUCCCGCGAGCAGACGCUGCCCAACAAGAACAACCCGCACCCCGACCUCAGUGACGCCGAGCAGCAGCAGCAACAGCAGCAGCCGGGGGCCAGCAGGCCGCUCCCGGACGAGGAACUCACGCCCCCGGAAGACGACGAUGACGACGAGGAAAUCAACGUCACGUGA